ACGCGGUCCAGUUCCGGACGUGGCUACAUGUGUGAUAGUGAGAGCGACAGCGAAAGGGCGUCCGACGCAGGAUCUGAUCUCUUCUCUGGACCAGCUCACCAUCCAAGGCCCCCACAGGCGCCGAGCCUCUGCCAGGCGGCGGCCAGCCCGGCGUCCAGUGCGGCGACGACGACCACUACUCCCGCCGGCGCGGCGGCACCUGCCGUGACCACUGCCAGCUGCACGCCGACGACCGCCACCACGACCAACGCUGCAGCCGCGCCGCCCAGCGCCCGCUCUAGUCCCCCUCUGGCACGGCGAGCACCGCCGUCGCCUGUGGCAGCAGCGUUGCUGCACAAUGGGCCAUCGUGGCAGCAGCAGCCGGCCUCACCACAGCAGCAGCCCAUCCAGCAGCCCGCCACUGCCGCCGCGGCGCCCGUGACGCCAGCCGUGACGAGUGCACCGUCGCCCGUGGUCAGCGCCCCGACGACCAGUAGUAGCGUCACGUCUUGCGCGCCAUCCCUGGUGGGGCUCAUCUCGAGCAGCACGACCACGACAACAACAACCACCACCACUACCACCGCCGCAACUUCCAGCUGUAGCGUAAGCGCCGUCAUCCAGCAGCGACCCCGAUUGGCGCCGAGCAGCCCGGCGCCCUGCCGGUUACCGUCGGCCCAGCCAUCGCCCCCGCCGGCGCCCAGCCUGGUGUCCGAGCUCCUGUCGCAGCCGCCCUACCUGCCCCCUGAAGCGCUCAAUGGAAAUCACUCGUCAUCGAGCGCUGGCGGCGUCAGCGCCUCGCUAGUGGCGCCGCGCGAGCACCACCUCUUCGGCAACAGCCGGACGCCGACGACGCCCGCCACGACGCCACCCGUUGGCGCGACGGCGCACGCCGCCACGGCGGCGGCGGCCUCGGUGGGCGGCGGGGCAGCGCCGCCUCCCCUGCGCAACGGCAGCGCGUUCGCCGGCCACGGCUCGUCGCCGUCGCCGCUACUGGCGAGCCACCUGGUCCACAACCCGGGCACCGCCGGCAGCCGCGAAGGCAGCAGCGGCAGCGUGUCCAAGCCCGUGACGCCCGCAGCCGCCGCGCCCGCACCCGGACCUCUGUUUCCCUUCUCGCUCGUGCAGCCGCCGCCACAUAGCCGCGGCUCGCCGCACAGCAGCCGCGGUUCGCCGCAGAGUUCGUUCCUGGCCGCGCUGCCCACGCCGCCGCCGGCCACGGCUGCCCGGCCGGGACUAGCGGUAACGCCAACGCGUGCCCCGACGCCCAUCGAGCUGGGAAGCUCGCAUUCCAACAGCAGCCUGUCCAGCCUCAGCCAGCUAAGUCAAUCGCUGCAAGGCAAGGAGAGUGGAGGCAGCAGCAGUAGUAGCAGUGGCAGUGGCCGAGGAGGUUCGCGGAACAACACGCCCUGCUCCCUGGCACCGCCGCUGGGCUCUGUGCCAGAAAGGUCAAGCCUCCCGCCCGGCGUCUACUCAGGUGCCUCUUCCAACAGCCUCACCAGCCUGGUCUUCUCCAAGCCCUGGGCUGGGUCUGGUCCUGGCUCUUACCCUGGUGUGUCAGUGAGCAGCAACGGCCCUCCGUCAAUGGGGACGCCACCUGUGGCGACACACCGGCCAACGCCCCCGCUGCCAGUGAGCAGCAGUGGGCCCUCUCCCUCCUCCUCUGCGGCAGCAGCCUCCUCAGCGGCUGCAGCGGCAGCAGCAGCGGCAGGCCUGGGGUUUCCUCCUCACCCAGGAAUGUUUGCUACCCCUAUCGCACCCCCAGGGGCACCCAGCCUUGCGUCCACUGCACUGGGCUUACCCGCGGGGCCCACUGCCUUUGUUCCAGAAGCAUCUCUGCUGCCAAACCAAGACCUGUUGCGACGAGAACUGGACACACGGUUCUUGGCGUCUCAAGACCGGUCGAUAGCGAUACCGCCACCACCCUACAUGCGCACCGAACUUCACCAUCACCCAACGCAGCCUGCCCAGCAGCAGCAUCAUCCUUUGCACCCAGCACACAGCCCAUUCCUGCCCCCUGCUCUCGCAGGGUCCCUAGUGCCGCAGCCAUCACCUCACCUGUAUGACAAGUUCCAUCCCAAGCUGGACUCUCCAUUUUAUUCAAGAAGUGCCGCGUUGGGGUUGACCGGUUAUGCUGGUCUCUCUCCACUCCUCAAUCCAAGCAUGGCCACGGGAACUCCAUUCGUGGCACCAGCCCAUCUUGCUGCAUUUCAGCCAAAAAUGAACCCCCUUGUGAAGAACAAGAACAUGAAAUCCGGUCGAUGGUGCGCGAUGCAUGUCCGCAUCGCCUGGGAGAUCUACAACCACCAGCAAAAGCAACAGCACCAGCAGCAGCAGCAACAGCAGCAGUCAUCCUCAGAGCCUGCCUCGCACAAAAGUGGCCCCUCUGCCGUUGGGCCUGGGGCGUCAGCGCAGCCCGGCCCCGCUCCCUCCUCAGCUUCUCUCUCUGCCAAGGGCGACCUCCUGCGGGCGCCCAACCACCACCUAUACUCGUCACUCCCAAGGCCGCACGACCUCAGCGCCUUCCCAUCAGCAUUACUGGGAGCAGCUGGAGCUGGUCAUCCAAGGGCACCCUUCGAAACAUCCCCUCAUGGCAAUUUCCUCACCCAUGGCCCUGGUCACAUAGCAGCCACCCUGAGUAGAAUGCCAGUGUCCACAUCGAGCAGCUCUCUCAGCCGAUCAACUGCAUCACGAGUACUUCCUCCUCCCGGCAUGUCUCCAUUUGCAAGGCCUGGUUUCCCAGGAUUUGUUGGCGCUAGCCCCGGCAACGCCGCUUACAGCACGCUGGGAGGACUCCACGGUUUGUCAGGGAAUCCGCCAGCUAGUCUCUUUGCGAGCCGGGGUGAUCUGGGAGCCAGCUGCUUGGGCCAGGACCCGUGGGCACGCCUGCAUCGCGGAGCGCCGUUCGGCCCUUUGGCCGGAGCCGCUCCUCCGUCCCAAGCGGCGGGCGGUGCCCAACCCGGUUCGAGUGGUGGUGCCUGGGGAGGCCUCAAGGCCGAGGCUGACCGUGAACGCCUAGAGCAACAACAGCACGAAGGGGAGAAGCAACGCAGGCUCGAGGCUGCUGCUGCGGCCGCUGCUGCUGCGGAGAAAGAGCGCAAGGAACGAGAGGCAGCUGCGGCUCUCGAGAAGGCUAAGGAGAUUGAGAGGGAAAAGAAGGCACAGGAAGAAAGACAACGAGAAAGAGACCGGGAGAACCGGCUACACUUGCACCACAAUCUAUCGGAAGGAAUUCUACGUAAUGGAGACUAUAUGGAUGCACGAGGGACGGGCAACAGCCACCACCAACUCAUCAGAGACCGAGAGCCCCAUUCGCGCCAGACGGAGUGGAGUCUUCGGGAACCUCCAACCCGGUCGCCUGCCAGGGCUCCGAAAGUUGAAGGCCCAUUCGAACCACCGGCGCCUCCCAAGGUCGAAGUGAGGGUGAAAGAAGAACGGCGCGAACCUGACGAGCCCGAACGGAAGCGACCGGCGCCUCCUCCAGCCGCUGCACCGCCCGUUCCGUCUUCCGAAGACUUCAGGAACGCGCACUUCCUCAGUCUUGGUGCUGCCGAGAGAGCUGCCUUCUGGGGUGCUGCAGCUGCUGUGGCGGCUCCGCCAUUAGGUGGCCCCGGUGGCGACCCUUACAGAACUUUACUCGAUUUCCACCACCCGUCUCGCAACGAGCUGGAGCGGGAGCGUUACCGCCUACUCAAUCAUCCCAUGGUCGCCUUCCACGACAGAUUCCGUGACAUCUCCGAGCUGGACAGACUGGCGCUUGAGCGAGAGCUGCAAAGCAAGCUAGCCGCUCCUCCACUUCGGCCCACCGACCCAGCAGCCUUCUCUACGCUCUUCUCGCCGCUUGGUCCGCCGAGUCCCUACCUCGGAGGCCUCGCGGGGCUUGCGGCAACGAGCCGGGCCGGAGCCAAAAACGGUCCCACCUCGUCCGCACCCCCAGGGUCCCGCCCCGAGGGUGCCGUGCCGCCUCCUCUGAUCCCCUGCGGCAGCGGAGGGAGUGCCGUGGGACCCAACAGCGGGCCGCCUCCACACGGGCUGUCAUCUCUCAACCACAAGAUGAGCUCGCUCGUGGACCACGGCGCGCACCACGAUGUGGCGCUCUAUGCCAAGGAGAGGAGAGAACUGGCUAAUCACAAGACGGAAGGGCAGCUAAGGUAGUGGUGGCAGGGGGGCUUCUCAAUGGUGGGUGGGGACACGAAAGAUUGCUUCUCUCCUGUUGCGGCGAGCAGAAGCGGGCAUGGUUUGGAACCGCAGUGAGGGCAGCAGCCGCAUCUCAACAGCGGUGCGUUUCUUCCAAAGCACUAGCAUCCAAAGCAGUAAGCUGUCCAAAAACAUGGCAAAAGUAGUGGAGAAAAAAAAGUGUUUUAUUAAUUUACUUAGAGAAUGCACUGAAAAGGUAUGGCUGAAUACUGUGGUGGACAACUACGUGCAGCAAAGACUCGUAAAGGGGGCAAAUGUGCUGUGAGGGUAGGCAAAAACAAGUUGCCUCAUCUCCUGGCAUUUUGUUCGUUCCAAGAAUCUCCAUGAAGCUUGUGCUUUUGAAAAGAACAGGCCUAGCAGCAGUACUUUUCAAAGACAUGAGAUUUCCGAGACGGUGGCGACACUAUUCCAAGUUGAAAAUAGCAUUGGAAUGAUUCAUCUGAAGAAACCCGUUGCGACCUUCACCGUAGCUGGGAAAAUUGCGUGCCACUUGUGGACAGCUGCGCAGCAAAGUAGUGAAGUUUUUGUCGUGUGCUUUCCAUUGAAAUUCUUUUUUACGCACUCUGCCCUAAUCAAACGCACGCUGAUGAAGGAUCGUCUGUCUGCAUGGAACAGCCAUUCGUACAACGAAUUUAGUAAUACCGUGUAAGGCAAGAUUGAUGCUGGGUGCUUUAUUUAUUGGUUUAAUACACCGACGAACCUUGCCCGCCUCUGCACCCAACCCAUUCCGCCCCCUUCUCCCCCCUUGCCGCGUCGCGUGAUGGCCGUGGAAAAUGUGCAACCGUAGUGAUGUUUCUUCCUCUUCCGUCUUUCCUCAUCAUUCUUUUUUUUAAACAUUUAUGACCGCGCUGCUGAGCGGCGCGGCGCGUUGAGCUUUCUCACGGACUACUUCCAUUUCCCUCUCGCCCGUCACGGCGGAGGGUGCCUGCGUGUCGAGUCAAAAGUGUGAAGAGUGGAAGACGAAGCGAAAGAAGAGGAAAGUGUAAAAAAUGAAAUGCGUUAUUGUGCAUGGGCGUGUGUACAUAGGUUUUUAAAAAUAAGGGAAAAGAAAAAACUGUGUGCAUGCGUGUGUACAUGUGUGUGUGUCAUUUUUGUACUAUAGUUUGCUUACAGUAGUGAAAUGAGCAAGGGGAAGAAAAUGUGAGGACAGAAAAAAAAAAGACAAAAUACACGAGAAUUCUACGGCUGUGUGUGCAUGUGUGUACAUUCUGAGUGUUCAUAAUGUACAUAGGAAUAUCAAGGAGCGUGUUUUCUGAUUAUUUGUUUGUUUGCAAGUGAGUGCGCGCAAAUGUGUACUUGUAAAUACCAUGUAAUAACUACAGGGAGGGGGAAAAAGAAGUAAAAAGGAUGGAGUUCCCCUUUUUUUUCUCGGCUGCAACAGGCUUGCUGUAUACAAAGAGGACUUUGUUGAUUAUUUCUUUUCAACCUUCAAGUGACUUUGUUUUCUUUAGCUUGCUGAAAUUUGUGAUAUGCACUCUUAUCGCCGACACGCGGUAUGUCAUAGUUUUGUUUUCCUGCUUACUGAUGAGGUUGGCCGGCAGUGUGACAGACUAGCGUAUGUCUCCACGGAUUUUUUUUCACUGACUCUUUCUUGUUUGGGGAUAUUUAUUACGUCAUAAGGAAAACGGCGAGAAUCUGGCAUUGCGAGCUGGUACCUCUUCACAGGCUGUUCAGUAGUUCUAGUAAAAGAAAUUCUUUGCAACACUUCUUUCUCAUUUUCGCUCGCCUUUUGAGACUCUCCGAGGCGGAAAAAGGAAACAAGAAUCUAUGGAUCUGCUGGACAUGCAUCUGUUACAGUCUCCCUCGUGUGACAUACUUUUUGUCGCUCGCGGGAGUGCACAGCUUUUGGCGGUGUACAUAUAUUUAUACUGUUUGAGAAAAAUGGAAAUAGGUGGGCAUUUUGCAUCUACGGUAAUACUUUCAUUUUCUCUCUCUUUCUCACUCGGCAGGAGUAACGGAGCUUAUUAGUGUUGCAAACUUGUGGAAUAUAGUUUUUUUGUUUUGUUUUGGUAUUUAAAAGCUCGACAGAGGUCGUUCGCCGCAUCGUCUUUAGCAGGCUGCGAUUAAUAACGUAUCUUGCCUUUUAUAUGGAUGCCAAUCUUGCGAUAACAGAAAUACAGCUGUUUUCAAAUGGAGCCACUUAGUUGUCAAAAUUAACAGGGGAAAAAAGAAGGCUCGACCUGCCAGACUUUCUUGGAAUGCUAAAUACAGUGUGAAACAGGUUCUUGAGCAGCAGCUUUGCAGUUCCAUCGAAACUCGACAGAGGAAGUCAACGCGUGUUUUGUAGACCCUUAAAAGAAAUGCUAUACAUCUGACGAACCCAUCGUGUGUCGUGACGUAAGUGGGCCAACUCGCAAAACGUAUUUAUGAAAAUUGUCUAUAUAUAUAUUGCAACUACAGAGGGUGAGAAAGCAGAGGAUGCUGGUGGUGUAGUUGCCUUAUUUUUACUAAAUGCGUUGAAGCUACGCACCAAGAAAAUGCUUCUUUUGUGUGUGUGUAUGUAAAUGAAAUGUCUUCGCGCCGCUUUCCCCUUCCUCCAUUUUUUUUCUUUUGGUGUUGCACCAAAUCCAAAGUGUUUAAAAAAAAGUUAGUGUACAGCAAGAAAAUAAAUGACAACAACGAGGGGGCUUAAAACUCCUCUCUGUUGCAAAGAGACUGA